CUAACAUUGUUGUUAAUAUCAGCUAUGUAAACAGUAACUAAAGUGGACUUUUUCUAUGACAAUAUACUCUCAUAAACUAAUGAAAUUCUCGGUCGGAGUAAGACAUAAACUCGAUUACAUGAUAUUUAAAUUUUUACAAUCAAUGAUCCAGUCAAGUAGAAAAAUAUACUAUUGUUUUAUCAAUUUGCUUCUUAAAUGCUAACCUCAAAAGAAGUUUACUACAACAGUGCACUCUAUUAACCGAACAUUGCAACUCAAUAAAAUUUUGAUAAUAUAAUCGGUAAUUAUGUAAGCUACAAUACCUUCGUAUACAUUUCUUUGUUUCUAUUUACGUAAUUUUUUAUAAGUAUUCGAUGUUUAAAUCAGUUCCUAUGAUUAAAUGACAUUCAAUUAUAUGUGAGAAAGCACAUUUAAUUUUUGGGAAAUACUUUUACGAGUGCUAGCACGAUUUCCUUCUGUACUGAAUAUAGUUUUUAUCAAUAAUAUGUAUUUGAGAAAUUGGCCAAUCUUUGAUUUCUUGGAACCAACAUUUCGGUCAAAGAUUCAUAUGGUAUUGGUAUAUGGUGACUUAGGUAAUGAAGCUUUAAUUGUAACACAAGAUAAAUGGGUAUAUGCAAUAGGAACUAAUAAAUCUAGCUGUCUGGGAACUGGUGAUACAUGUAAUGCCUUUUAUCCAAAGCUAGUUGAAUCAUUAUGCAACAAGGAUAUUAAAACCUUUGCAUAUGGUAAAGGACCUCAUGUUUUAGCUCUUACACAUGCAGGAGAGGUGUAUUCAUGGGGUAGUAAUAUUUCUAAUGAAUUAGGAAAUAUUUCUGCUCAAGGUGUUCAUGAAAGUUCAACACCAAGUCUUGUACAAAUCUUGUCAUCUGAUACAGAAUUUAUUGUGGAUAUAGCUUGUGGAAGUUAUCACUCUAUGGCAUUAUCAAAUAUUGGAGAGGUAUAUGCAUGGGGCAAAAAUCACUGUGGACAAGCAGGUCUUUGUGCAAAUAAUGAUACUGAAAAAAGAUCUAAGAAAGUCAAUGUUUUAUUAAAGAACAAGAAAUUUAUUUGUAUCAGUUGCGGAGAUUCGUCAAGUACUGCAGUUACAGACAAUGGUGAGGUUUAUACUUGGGGUGACAACAGUGUUGGUCAAUUAGGAACUGGGAAUAAUAUAGACUUAUACUCUGACAAACCUUGUCAAGUUACAAAACUUACUGGAGUUGUGAUAAAAAAAGUAACUUGUGGUGGAUGGCAUACUCUGGCAUUAAGCGAUGAGGGUAUUCUUUUUGUUUGGGGUGAUAACAGUCAUGGACAAUUAGGCAUUUCUUCAAGUAACAUAGUCUGGACUCCUGUGAUGUUAACCAUGCCAAAAAUGAUAAAAGUGUUGGAUAUAGCAAGUUCUCAUUCCACUAACAUAAGUAUAGCUAUGGGAGACAGUAAUCAGAUAUUUAUAUGGGGUUCUUGUCUAGGGCAAUAUAUCAAAGCACCAACUCUUACAUCAGUAAGAUGCAUCUAUGAUGCUUUUGCAAAUUACGCAACACCUAGAGUUAUGCAUAAACCUCUUAUUCUUCAUGAAGAUAAAACAAUUCAUAUACUUCAGUCUUUAAAGGAUGCAUUUAAUGACCCAUCUACUAGUGACCUUAUUAUUCAAGUAAAAGGGAAUCCUAUUUAUGUACACAAAUUUAUAUUGAAGAUUCGUAGUCAUCACUAUAAAACGAUGUUUCAAAAGCAGUCAGUGGAAAAUGAUCAAUGUAUCAUAAAAGAAGAUCAAUUUUCGCACGAUGUAUAUAUAACUUUCUUAAAGUAUUUGUAUACUGAUGAAAUUGAUAAUUUGUCUCCAAUAGAUAUUUUAGCAGAACUCCUUAAUUUAGCAAAUAUUUAUUCUGAGUCUCAAUUACAAAGACGAUGUUUACAAAUAAUAAUAAAAAGAAUCAGAGUAUCAAAUGUGGCUUGUCUAUAUGGCACAGCCAUUGCUUAUAAUAUUAAGGCAAUAGAAGAAUCUUGUUUCAAAUUUGCUUUAAACCACAUGACAGCAGUUAUAGAAACUCCAAGUUUUGCUGAGUUAAAUGAAACCAUAGUAAAAGCUUUUAUAAUUAAAGCUGCUAAAGCAGGCGCAUUUAAAACAUGAUUUCUAGUAACUAUGGUAUGAUCACUAAAAGUUUUAAAAUAACGGAUCAGUAAUUAGUUUGUUCCAGUAUGACUUCUAGAUUCUAAAGCAAGGGUGUCUACAUCGGUGCCUGCGGGCAUUCUAGUGACAUUCCGCUUACGCAAAGUUACCUUUUAUCUGUUCGUAUUGAACACUACAUAGAACUGCUUAAAAGUGUAAUAUUUAAAACAAAGUGUAUCUACUUAGAGAUAAAAGGAUUAUUCUUUUUCUUAUUUUGUGUGUAUUUAAUAACGGAAGUACUUCUGAUUACUAAAAUUGAUUACCGUUCAUCGAUCAUAAGUUGACCGAUUAUUUACAACCUAAAAGAGUACAGGAGCAAGGAAAUGGACGCAGGCGCCAUCUCGGUUCUACCGGGAAACAUGGUGGUACAUACUUCCUUCAAAUUUUACGUGGACAUACCCAAGGCAAUUUUUAAUCUUUUAUUUAAGUAACCAUUGCUAAGGCAUUGGCUGAUAGAAAGAAACAGUCCUCGGUAACUUCUACAGUAGAGGAACCACGAAUGAGCAUCACUAGCUUGAAGGGAGAGAAUUCGAUAUGUCUGCUACAGAGACUAAAAGAUAAACUUUGAAGAAAGUUUCUCUGGAAGGUUUUAUUGAUGGGGUAUUAGUACCUAUAAAUUCGUAGUCACCUUAGAGAACCUUCAUCAGUGAUGUAUUAUAACUUGCAGAAAUUUUGUGUAGUAAUAUAAGGAUCCACGGUGACUACAAUCCAUGUGGUUAAAAGUGUGAUAAGUACUUAUAAGUAUUUACA